UGCCGCCUCAGAGUCGCGCGCGGACCGUGGGGCGGUACAGACGCGUGGAGGCCGCGGCCAGCUCGACGCCCGGACUGUCCAGCGAGCGCAGCGCAGGAGCCCGCAGCCCGAGCAGCCCCGGAGCCGCAGCCGCAGCCGCGCCGAGCCUACCAUGGCGUUGUCGAUGCCGCUGAACGGGCUGAAGGAGGAGGACAAAGAGCCCCUCAUCGAGCUCUUCGUCAAGGCUGGCAGUGAUGGUGAGAGCAUAGGAAACUGCCCCUUUUCCCAGAGGCUCUUCAUGAUUCUUUGGCUCAAAGGAGUUGUAUUUAGUGUCACCACUGUUGACCUGAAAAGGAAGCCAGCAGACCUGCAGAACUUGGCUCCUGGGACCCACCCACCAUUUAUAACUUUCAACAGUGAAGUAAAAACAGACGUUAAUAAAAUUGAGGAAUUUCUUGAGGAAGUCUUAUGCCCUCCCAAAUACUUAAAGCUUUCGCCAAAACAUCCAGAAUCAAAUACUGCUGGAAUGGACAUCUUUGCCAAAUUCUCUGCUUAUAUCAAGAAUUCACGUCCAGAAGCUAAUGAAGCACUGGAGAGGGGGCUGUUGAAAACACUGCAGAAACUGGAUGAGUAUCUGAAUUCCCCCCUCCCUGAUGAGAUCGACGAGAACAGUAUGGAGGAUAUCAAGUUUUCCACACGGAAAUUUCUGGAUGGUAAUGAAAUGACACUGGCUGAUUGCAACCUGCUGCCCAAGCUGCACAUCGUCAAGGUGGUGGCUAAAAAGUACCGCAACUUCGACAUCCCCAAAAGCAUGACAGGCAUCUGGCGGUACCUGACCAACGCCUCCAGCAGAGACGAGUUCACCAACACCUGCCCGAGCGACGAGGAGGUGGAGAUCGCCUACAGCGACGUCGCCAAAAGACUGAGCAAGUAAAGCGGCGCUCGAGAGACGGCUCCAGACCCCUCCUAAGCGCCUGCUUUCCUCACGGACUGCUCUUCCGUCUGCAGUAGAGAUGCGUUUUGCAUGAACACGCAGUUACUCAUGAUUAGAAUCAGGAUAGACAAGGUGCAGUAGUUGUCUGAAAACACACUCCUAAGCAGUAUUAUUGUCCAGUCCCACCACCCCUGCCCACAGCCUCCGUCCUCUGAUCUGGAGACACUCCAUCUCAAGCUUGUCUGUUCACAGGGUGCAAUGUGUUACUUAAAUAGAAGCCAUAAUGUCAGUCUCCCCCCCCCCAGCCCUGAUGGUUCUGGAAUUUCCUUAGAGCUUGAGAGAGAGGAUGGCUGCACAGGCCUUAGUGGAAAGAUCUGGUGCCCAAGCCACGCGGGCUCUGCCUGUGUGGAGCCUCUCACCGCCCAUGCCGCCCCCCGCCUCGUGACGGGGGCUGUGUGCAGAGAGGGGUGGCGGCACUGCCAUGGUCAGGGAACCGCAGCCACCUUGGUGUUGAAAGCUGCUUUUCAGGCCUCGUGGGCGCACAUGCCGGACAGCCGUUGCCUGAGCUCCAGCUGGAAGUGGUGAGGCGCGCACAGAGAUGAACCUCAGGUGAAGUGGAGGGGGGUGUGGCGAAGCAUAUUUCUGUAGCUAACUUAAAUCCCUCCCUCCCUCCCUCCCCUCCCUCCCUCCCUCCCAAUGGUAGUUGUUUUGCCCAGUCUCCUCCAGCGUCAGCCAGCCCGUGGGGUUGAGGCAUUUCUUGUUAAGUUGAGAUCUAGUGCAGAGAUGGGUGUCGCAUGAAGUCGAGCUUGGUGAGGCUUACGGUGUUCUUCCCAAAAUGAACUAAGUUCCGCUCUAAGGACUGGGCGUGACUGCACGUGCCGUGUGGGCACGUCGCGUGAGGAUGAGUGCAUCUCACAGAGCGUCAUCUUGAGGUAUAGCUCUAGGAUGGCGGCGCCCCCCGUGCUGCGCGGGCAUCGGUGCCUGGCUUUGUGGUCACGCUGCCUUUCUACCCUGGCAGCGAGGAGUGUUGAGCAGCCACACGAGCAAACUCCAGCUUGUGUCCCCUUGGCCUGGUGAUGGCGAACGGCCUUAAAGUGUGAGGAGGGGCCGGAGAGGGGCUGUGAACGGGACCCAGUGGGCUGGGCGCCUCUGGAGAGGAAGCCAUGCUCCUCACAAUGGCCAAAUUCCCUGCACAGCAUUUCCACUUAGGUAUUCCCCUCCUCCUGGCGUCUCCUUUACCGGUGACCCACUCGUGCUGGGGAGGCGGUGUGGGCACUGCCACAGGCUGGCGUUUCCCUGUGGGAGGAGGUGUGUUCGCACGCUGGCUGUGUGGAGGAAGGAAGGGCCUGCAGCUCGCAGCGUGCGUGCGUGUGUAUGUGCGUGCGUGCACACGUGCGUAUGUGCACGCGGGGGCGGGGCCAGGAGGUUGGCGUGCGCGGAGGGAUAGCUCGCCAGCUCCUCUGCCCUCCGGGAGCACAGCACAGUCAGAGUCCAAGUCUCAUUUCCUGAGGGCCACUGAGGUUUCUUUAAUUAAGCAUUUGGAAAGUCCUUUACUGUUCCAGUUGAUAUUACUCCCCCCCCCCCCUUUUUUUUUUUUUUUUUGGUAUAGAUUCAGACUUUCAAUAAAAUGCAAAUAAGGUUUAUUUCUUGCAAAAGUCAGCUGUUCCAACUUAAAACCACUAGCAGUCUGUGUCCAUGCAAAGAUAGAUUCCUGACCAGUGUGUACUGCACUCAGUGGACCAUUCUAGAACUUAGGAGUGGUGCGUCUGGUGACCUUCGAGCUUCUCCAGAGUUGCAUGUAGAUAGCUUUUAUUUCCGUGCAUUUAAAUAUCCCAUUUAGAAAAUACCUACAAAGUAAAGAUGAGAGGAAAUAGAAAUUAUUUUUUCACAAACAUUUUGAUACACAUUUCAUCAAGCUAAUUGAUGUCAUCAAUUUCUUAACACAGGCUAUAAUCAGUAAUUAAUUCAAACAGAGGGAGAUAAUUUUAAACUUUCAAAAUCCCAUUCUUUGCAAAUUAUCGAGAUUGGAACAACCAAGAUAUAUUUUUAGCAAGGGAAAAAAAAUCUCCCCAAGCCAUAAUACUGAAAAGAAUUGGACUUUUUUUUUUAAUUACUUGGCUAGGCAGAUGCAAGCUUUAUAGAAUGCUUGUAUUUUAUUUCCUCUCUCUGGAACAUCAACACCAGUAUAUUGCUGGCAGCUAUUGUAUUAAAAAUAAAUAUAUUUUCACU